AUGGGUGGAACUUUAGAUUUCAUUAAAAACGAUGAAGAAGUCCAUUUAAAUUGCUUUUAUAAAAAAAAUAGUUAAUUUUUAGCUAAAAAUCAAAUUAAUUUAUAAAUAAACAACCUAAAACAAACUAAUAAAAGUGCAUCUGUUUCCUCAAAUAAUUUUAAAAACAAUCGAUUUGACAUUAAAAUAGUAAAAUGUAAAUGGGAAAACGAAGAAGCAACAAUGAUAUUAAUAAGUGAUAUAACUUAGAAAGUAUAUAUAGAACGUAUGAAAUAGAUACAAGAAUAUAAAAAUUAAAUGCUCUCAACAGUUACUCAUAAUCUGAAAACACCUUUAAACGGUUUAAUGGUAUUUAUCUAAUCAGCCAUAAUAAAUAAUAAAUAAAAGUCUGUAUAAGAUUAACUAUCAUUAGCUUUGAAAAAUAGUAAGUUGUUGCUUUUUAUGAUUAAUGAUUUAUUAGAUUAUUCAAGAAUGUAAAGUUAGAAAGCCUUUGAUUUGUGUUUUAGUAAAUUUGAUAUUUAUGAUGUUUUGUAUGAAAUUAAAAGUUUAUUAUAAAGUUAAAUUAAACAGAAAAAACUCAAUUUUAUUAUCGAUAUUUAAAUUUCGGAAUAAUAAAGAUUUAUUAUAAAUGAUAAAGUUCGAUUGUAAUAAAUUCUUUUAAAUUUUAUACAAAACUCAAUUAAGUUUACAUUGAAAGGGUAAAUAAAAGUUACUGUUUAUUGCAUUCCAUAGAAAAUUAAUUAAAUCUAUUUUAGUAUUUUAGAUACUGGAAUAGGUGUUUCCGAAAAUAAAAAAUAAAAUUUGUUUAAAAUAUAUGGUAAUGCUUUAUUUAAUAUAAAAAAUAAAAAGCAUGGAGUUGGAUUAGGAUUAUCUGUAUGUAAAAAAUUAAUAAGUUAAUUAGGUGAAAAAAAGUCAAUAAGUGUCGAAAGUAUUAAGAAUAAAGGAACAAAAUUUACUUUUAGUAUAUAUAAAAAACACCCUAAAGAUAAUAAAUUUAUUAUGAAUUUAAUUUCUUAUAGUUCUUUACAUGAAAUUUAAAAUAAUCUUUUUAUUCAUAAAGUUUAAAAUAACUAUAAUUGUAUCUUAAAAUGUACUAUCUAAAAAUAGAAAAAUAUUAUAUAAGACAAGUAUACCCUAAACACAAAAGAUUCUCUGACCAUUCAUCAAUGUAUUUUAGAACUUUAAAAGAUUUUUUGGAAAAAAACUAACAUUCUAAUUGUUGAUGAUGUUAUUUGUAAUAUAACUUGUUUGAAAAUUCUUUUAAAACCUUUAAAAAAUUUAAAUAUUGACGAGGCUUAUAAUGGAAAAGAAGCUGUGGAAAAAAUAUAAAAAAAUAAUAAUUACGAUUUGAUAUUUAUGGAUAUUAAUAUGCCGAUAUUAGAUGGAUUUUAAGCUACUUUGAAAAUUAAAGAAAUGAUAAAUAAUAAAAGUAUUAAUUUUACAUCUGUUAUUAUUGUUUCUGCUUUUAAUGAUUAAGCUGAUAUUGAAAAAAGUUUUAAAAUGGGAGCUAGUGAAUACAUUUCGAAACCUAUUUAAAUUUAAAAUUUAUUGUCUAUAUUUUAAAAUAUUAAACUGCCUCAUUUAUAAAUUUGA